AACAAAAGCAGAUUUCUCGUAACCCUAAGGCCCAGGUUGUUCAACGAUUAUCGAAAGCAAUAGAAUUGCUGAAGGAAAAGUUUGGAAGAGGUCAUGUGGUUUUUACUUGCAAAUAUUACGGCAGCUACGCGCUUUGCUUGGAAUUGGCUAAACUCGGAACCUAUUGCUCGGGGUUUUUAGAUAAAAAUUGUUUUGGGAAUAGCAAAGAAUUGGUACUACAAAAUUUAGAACAAUAUCAAUUUGAAACCAGAUAUGCUGGCUAUGUAAUGAUGGGCAAGAGUCGAAGACUCCGGAAAAAUGUAUAUUUUUAUAGUUCCGACUGUCUCGCUAUUUACCGUAAUGAAAUGAUCAUGAGCCAUCAGCUGAAAUUAGUGAAAGAGAUCAACUGGCAAUUAGGCACUCCCGUGGAAAUGCGUGCGGCUAUGCUGGACUACCAAUUACCUUUGGAACGCACGGAAAUCAAGUGGGACAGACGGUUGAUGAUCUAUGUCAUACACCUGGUUUUACUCAACGCUUACUUACUCUAUCAAAGCCAUAAUCAAAACAAUCGGUCUACGAAUAAACUGCCGAUGUUUUUCAAACAGUUUCGGCAAGGAAUUAUUGCGUCGCUAGUACAUCCAGAUGAAAGUGGAAAUAUUGACAAGAAAAGUCCUGCAAAUGAAAAUCUGAUAGAUACUGCCACAACAAUAAACAACUCAGAGUGCGAUCCAAAUCUGCAUAUACCGAGUCAACUGGAUUUAAAAAAAGCAACACACCGUCCAAUGGAAAUACCAUGUUCCAAGGGAAAAUUAGUAAAGAAGCGUUGUAGAAUUUGUUUUAAGACAGGUCUUUUGAUUUUUUCACAAUUUUGUUGUGCUGAAUGCCCCGGCAUGCCGGGACUGUGCGAAAAGCCUUGUUUCAAAUUAUGGCAUGAAUAUAUUGAAUGAAAAUGGCUACCGUGUGUGAAGAGUUGUGCAAGAGAGAGGAUACAAAUUAAUAAAUCGCUAUAAAUUAUCUAUUUGGUAAAAGUUUAAAUUUUUUCAAUUUAAUAC